AUGGUAACUUCUAUAUACGCAACAGGAGCCUUUACAUCGCCACCAGCGCCAGCACCAGUACCAGCACCAACACCACUACUACCACCACCACAACCAUCCCACGAACACAGCAAGACCAUGUCGGCCGGCGCUGGAGACGGCCCGGGUGCCGCGGGCACACAGCUUGUCAUGCGAUCAACCACCAUCAAUAAGCAGUCGACCACCAUUAAUAAGCAGUCAACCAUCAUCAAUGAGCAGUCGGCUAAGAUUGAGGCCCUGGAGGCCACAGUUGCGAAGCUGGCACAAUGGACCGAGGCUCAGGAGGCGCGGCAGUAG